UCCCAGAGGACCCAAGCGCCCCUCUCCUUUUCCUCCCCUGUACCCUCUUCAGUGUCUACCCUUCACCCCUGCUCCCACAGCCUCCUCAGCAGUGUUGCUGGCUUUAGGGGCACCAGCAGAGGCCCCCUACCCGCCGCCGCCUGCCACUACGGGGUUAGCUCGGGGCCGGUCUGGAGUCGCCCGGACCUGAGAGGCUGCUGCACCAGGCCUCAGCCACCCUCCGGAUGCUGGUGCUGCUGGGCCCCUGGCCCCAGUCCCCAGCGCUGCCCUCCGCUGAGGCCAUGGAGGACCCUCCCCCUCGGACAGGCCGGUCCCCCGAACCUGGACCUUCCUCCUCCACAGGAUCUCCCCAGACCUCGUCCCCUCCGAGGCCCAACCACUACCUGCUCAUUGACACCCAGGGCGUCCCGUACACCGUGCUGGUGGACGAGGCUCAGAGGCAGCCCGGGACCAAUGGGGCUUCAGCUCAGAAAAAGUGCUACAGCUGCCCGGUGUGUUCCCGGGUCUUUGAGUACAUGUCUUACCUGCAGCGACACAGUAUCACCCACUCGGAGGUGAAGCCCUUUGAGUGCGACACCUGCGGGAAGGCAUUCAAGCGGGCCAGCCAUUUGGCACGGCACCACUCCAUUCACCGGGCUGGUGGUGGGCGGCCCCAUGGCUGCCCGCUGUGCCCUCGCCGAUUCCGAGAGGCCGGGGAGCUGGCCCAGCACAGCCGGGUUCACUCCGGGGAACGCCCGUUUCAGUGCCCUCACUGCCCACGCAGAUUUAUGGAGCAGAACACGCUGCAGAAGCACACCCGGUGGAAGCAUCCGUGAGCCGGGGAUGCGGGGGUACCCCUGGUACCAUGGAUCUAGGGGAGCCUGGACUCCUGUCAUCCUCAGACAGCCAGAGAGCACCCCAGGCUGAGGCUGGGUAGCUGGGUCCUGGACACAAACAUAAACCCACCUGUUCUGGGCACUGAGCCCUGUGUAAGGAGGAGCACAGGGGUAAUCCUCAGGCCCGUGUUUUGGAGACAAGAUGGGAACAAGACCUCACAUUCACAGAGUGGAGUCCUCUAGCCUCAGUGGUAUCAGAAUUAUUCCAGGCUGAGCCCUGACCGGGAGGUGUUGGGGAGACUGCUGGGUGUGGAAAUUCUCUGGCUUGGAAAGGAGGUUGGGGGCCAUCAGGAGCCUGCACCAUCUUCCUGAGGCCUACUUGCUGAUGUUGGGGGUCAGGGGCUCCAGACCUGUCUCCCAGCUCCAGCCAGGGGCCCAGAGUAGACACCCAAUAAACCCGUUUUCCACUU